AUAUACAGGUUAAUUUCAUCGUCAAAAACCCUACUCUCUGAAGCCGCAGCAGCUCUUCUUCUUUCAAUCUCUCAGGUAAGUAGUGCUUUACAGGAAGAGUGAAAUGGCUCCUGCUAAAGUUGACAGCACAAAAAAGAAUGACCCAAAGUCUCAGGCCACGAAGGUUGCCAAGGCUGUGAAAUCAGGGCCAACUUUUAAGAAGAAGGCUAAGAAGAUCAGGACCACAGUCACAUUCCAUCGUCCAAAGACAUUGAAGAAGGAUAGGAACCCCAAGUAUCCUCGCAUUAGUGCCCCACCAAGGAACAAGUUGGACCACUACCAAAUUCUGAAAUAUCCCCUAACCACUGAGUCAGCAAUGAAGAAGAUUGAGGACAACAAUACCUUGGUUUUCAUUGUUGACAUUCGUGCUGACAAAAAGAAGAUUAAGGAUGCAGUGAAGAAGAUGUAUGACAUCCAGACCAAGAAAGUUAAUACCUUAAUCAGGCCUGAUGGAACGAAGAAGGCAUAUGUUAGGCUGACCCCAGAUUAUGAUGCCUUGGAUGUGGCAAACAAGAUUGGAAUUAUCUAAGUGAUACAAAUAUGUACUGUUGACAGUUUUGUUAGGAGUGUUGCAUUUUGUUAGGACUCCAAUAUCAUUUUGGUUAUCUUUAAAUAUGUGUUGGAAUCUAUCUUUUUUAUUCAACUUUGCAUGAGAUGCCUGAUUAAGAUUUAAA